CCUCUAUACAUGCCCAGAAUGGAAAGAGGGCUGGCAGACCUGUGAUUGAGGAGCUGGCAGAAAUAUAUCACCCAAACAGCCAAAACCCACCCACCGGUGAAGAGGGCUGAAGAAGCAGGAAUGUGGUGGGGGCCAGGGGGCCAAACCCAGGGAGGGGGUCUUUACACGGAAGACCCUUGUCUGCAACUGCAAGCGCCCUCGUUGGCAUCUCACCCGCGGGCUUGACAGCAGAAACCCUGCCAGGCGCUCCGGCGGCAUCCCGCACCUGCCAAGGUGCCUUCAACCCCCCAUCCCGGCCCCCUCCGGCUACGUCGAGCCCUUUUAGGGCCGUGCUUCGCCCCGCGGCCGAGGGAAGUUUGAGCAAGUUUGCUUGUUCAGACGGGGCCGCGAUGGGCUCGUUUCCUCGUUAGAUCCGCAGCUGCCGUUUCGCGGGAAGUGCCAGCCUUGCGUUCUCCGACGGCGGCGCUUCGCCGCGCUCUUCUUCCCGCUUCGCCCCCCGCUCCCUCCUUUUCCGAACUUGGAGCAGGCGCGGCGAAGGAGCGGGACUCUCUCGGGCUCCCUCUCCCUUUCCGCCUGCCUCCGAGGGGCCGCCCAGGAGGUGGAGCUUGGCUCCUCUCGCUCGCUCGCGGGCUCGCUGCUCUCCCCGUUCCCCCUCUGUUCCUCCGGUGGCAGCGGCAGCGUGGCCGCCUGAGGGGCUGCCUUGGGUUCCUGCGCGAGCGGGGCGAGAGGCUCGCGGGAAGCGGAGCAGCCUCGGAGGGCACCCCAGCAACAAGUGGCCGCGCCGCCGCCGCCGCCGCCGCCCUGCCCUCCCCUCGGAGCAGGUAGCCUCCUGGCCAGCAUGUCCCCCGGCACCCGGCGAGCUGGCGGGCCCGCGGCGCCGUCGCCGAAGCUGCUGCUGCUGCUGGGUUAGGCAUUGCCCGCGCUGUCGGAGCCGAGCGAGGGAGUGAGUCACCCGCGCGCAAAAGAGGGAGGAGGGAGGCCGGCGGAAGCGGCGUUGGCGGCGGCGUCGCCACCCGCCCUUUCCCGGACUUCUGCUCUCCCUUCCCUGCUGCCGUCGGGGAGAGCCGAGGGAAGCCGCGCGCCCCGCCGCCAGGCCUCCAGCACCGGCCUCGUUCCCGGCGAGAAGAGCGGAGGGAGCCGCACCUGGGGGCGGGGAGGCGCGCCGGGCCGCCGCGGCGGAAGCGGCGCGCAAUGGGAGCAGCCGCGGCGGGUUCUGGCGCCGCCGACGAGGCCAUCGCCCCCUGAAAAGCGAUGGUGGCGGAUCCCCCGACGACGGCACGAGUAGGAGCAGCAGCGGCGGCCCGGGCCAUUGUCUGCCAAGGUAAUGCGAGCCUCCAUCGCCAAGGUGUGUGUUGGCGUGGAGCGAGGGGCGGGCGGGAAAGGCGGGACUGGACCCGCGGCCACAGCCCUCCUCGCCGGGAAACCUGCGGGCUGCUCCGGCGUGGCGGGGAGAAGGGGAGGCUGCGCUUUCGGCCGGGCGUCGGAAGGGUCACGCGCAAGGAGUUGGCGCCCUCUCCCUCCUGGCUCCCCUUCCCAGCCCUCAGCCGCCAGCCUGCUUCGGGGGUUUUGCUCCCCGGGCUUGGACGUGGAAAAUUCUAGCUCAGCCUGUGGCUUCAAGAAUGGGCGUUGAGGUCUGCGAGACAAACGGGGGAAAUAAUUUCCUCCUCGGGCGCCCUAGGUGGCCGCGUGCGAGAGAGACUCCGAUUUGUGGCGUUGAGAUUGGAGCCUGUCUUCUUCUGGCGUGGCUCUUCUCCUCUCUUCUCUUCUCUUCUCUUCUCUUCUCUUUCUCCCCCCGCCCCCCCCCCAGCAGUCCGCUGCCUGUCCGACCUGCACAGUCCAUUCAUCAGCCUUGCCUAUACUGUAUUCAGGAAUGGUAGAGUUCAUGUGGGCGCAAGUGAAAAUGUAGAGGGGUUUUGUCUACAAAGACAUUUAGGUUGCAAUCCCAGACACAUUGACUUACAUUUGACUGGGGGCGGGGGCGACGACUUCUAAGUGCAUAUGUAUAUGGUUGCCCCGUUGGGAGGGGGCGGGUGGUUGACUAAGGGUGAUGGUGAAAUCUGGAUAAUAAAAAGAAGUUGGGCCAGAUUUCUGUUGCUGUUAUUCAGGUAUCAACAUGACACAGAGCAGUUUCUGUUUCUGCUUGAGUGAAAAAGUAAGUUGGCCUUGAGAUUUGUUUAGUCUUAACUAAACAGGGCUCCCCCUAGUUACAAAUUUGAAAGGAGGAAUAUAGCAGGCGCUUGCCCUGGCUGCUCUUACCUUGUGAUCUUCUGGCAUUGGUCAUGAAUUACAGUAUAUUGAAGAAAAUUGCAACACAGAGCCCUUGUUGUGAAGUGGGGCAGUUCUGCUGACAGUUGCCCCUUAGAAGCUGCAGCCCUCUGCUGUAAAGUGGAAAAAUAAUUCAUUCUAAAUUGGAAGUGGCAAGCAUAAUCCAUGGCAAUUUGCUCCAAACAUAGAAGCAUCCUCUGGAAUUCAAUAGGAGUUCUUUUGUUAGCAUCUGUGCAAGUUUUCUUCUUUCACAUUUAGUGGAGUUAAUCUUAUUGUAGGGUUUGACACAAUGAUCUCACUCCAUGAGGGUGAUUUCACGCAUAAAGAAUUUACCACACUGAUACAGGUGCAGAGAUCAAACAUGAAUAAGCCUUAAAAUAACCUACUUUAAAUUUAGUUGGUCUUUAACACAAGAAUGUAUAGCAGAAAUUGUUUUAAAAGCCUUUAGCAUGACCUUCAGAUAACAGCCCACCAUGGUGUAGUUUAAUGAUUAACUUUAGGAUUCAGCUAGGUAAUAUGGAAUCUGUUUUGACAAGAAUUGGUUACCUUUCAUCAGAUAAGGGGAAUCCUUGAUCCUUUUGUGCUCUUGAAUCUUUCCAUUCUUGCCAAAGAUCACAAAAAUUACGUGUUGCAAUGAGUUUUUGUUAUGUUACGAAGCACUUUAUUAAAAGUGGUAAAUACCACUGUUUCAUAGAUAGGGAUAUAAUCAUGGAUAUUUAUGUUUCCUUACCUCUACCUCUAACUAGUCACCUGCAUGACAGCAGUAAUGUUAGCUUUCAUAAAAUGCCCCAUGCUGUAGGUUUUUCCCAUUAAGUGUCAUUUAAUUUUCAUAGAGUAGAAUAUAUCUGGUAUGGCUUAGGUGAAAGGUAGCAAAAGGGUGUCUUUUGAAACUUCUCAUAAUCCAAGGAAGUGAAUGGACUAUUUCCAUAAUUCCCUGGUGUGUCACCAUGUUAUCAGGGUGUUAAUAGGCCUUCCCCUUUAUGUCACAUGCUGGGUCAGUUGUACAACAACCUGGAGAAAAGUUGCCAUGCUACAGGUAGGGAGGGAUCAACUGGCUGCUUAAGAGUCUGGUUGCAAAGAGUAGCAUGCAGCCAUGGUAGAGAAAUAAACUUUUAACAUACCGUAUAAAACAAGAAAAAAAAUAUUCUGAAUCUCAGAAGCCAGAACAGCAAGCGGGAUUGCUGCGCAGUGAAAGCAGCAAUCCCUCUUGCUGUUCUGGCUUCUGGGAUAGCUGCGCAGCCUGCAUUUGCUCCAUAAGACGCACACACAUUUCCCCUUACUUUUUAGGAGGGAAAAAGCAAGUCUUAUAGAGCAAAAAAUACGGUAAGCAAAGGGGAAGGCAAAGGCACUGGAAUUUUGUGGCGACUUGGGAGAUGUUUGUGAUAUACAUGAAAGAACUUCAGCCUGCUAUAAACAUGUCAUCUGCAUUCCCCAGGUUCUGGGACAGAACUUAAUACACUUACUUAUGAGAGACAAACACACAUCCUCACCUGUUUUGUUUUGUACAUUAUAAUCAAAACAUAUAUAUUUUUUAAAGAUUGGGGAAAAGCUGACUGCUUAAGAGUCUGACGUAACCUCCCUCAACCUGAUACCAGCCAGAUGUUUUGUGUACUUUAAACACCCAUCACCCCCCAACCAGGAUGCUUAAUUCUUAGGAUUGAUGGAAGUUGUAAUCUAAAACCAAUGUUGGGCACCAGAUUGGGGAAACCUGGAAUGGUGGAGGAGAAGGGACUGUUGGCAAGGGAGUGGCACUGGAGAGUAUGGAAGGCAGUAGCAGAACACCAGCACGCUGAUUGGAGCUGAGGCAGACUGAAGAGAAUUAUGGUGAAUCUGAUUCCAGGCUAUAGGAAGUACUGAAGCUCGAUAAUUGCGACCAUUCUGUUUACAGACACUGGUAAAUGAAGGCAACUGCUCAGUUUCAAGUGUCUUCCAAAUAUGCUGCUUGGUAGUGUUUGCAUAUGUGUUUUCAUAAAAGAAGCCUUAGGGCUCUUUGUGCAUGAUGCAGAUUAAAGGUAGAUUACAGAAACUGAAAAAAGAGUUUAUGCUUGGAAGUAAAUCCUGUUGAGUAAAUCCUUUGUAAUAACUCAGUGAAAGUUAUUACUGAAUAAAGGUUUAAGUGUACGUCAAAUGUUGUGGACAAAGGACAAAACAAACAUAGAGAAGUGUGUUUGUCAAUGCAUAGCUCUUACAUGCUACUCCACUUUUCAGACUUUGAAAUCUAUAUGCUAUUUUGUAGUUAAUCAGGAUUGUAAAAAUCAUGAGUCUGCUAGUCUGACACACACACUUUAAGGAACAAGUUAUAAUAAAAGGUGAGAAUCUCUUAGAAGACCAUGUUCUUAAAAAGUCAGGAUGUUCUGUGUGGGUGGAUCAAGGGGCUUUAAAAUCAUGCUUUGAAUUGCCAGGGGAAAGGGCUGAUUAUAAAAUGUCCUGAAUGUUUAACCCUGUCUUGGUUGCCGUAGCAAUUAAAACUUACAGAAUCAUCAAACUGUAGAGUUGGAAGGGAGCAUGAGGGUAAUGUAGUCCAACCCCUGCAAUGCAGGAAUCUUUUUGCCUAAUGUGGGACUCAAACCCAUAACUUUGCGAUUAAAAAUCUCAUUCUCUUCUAACAUUAUCAAAGAACCUCUGGUCAUACUUCUGGGAGUGUAGCCCACACAUGUGAGCUGCAAUGAUUUGUAAUUGCUUGGCGCAGCAAUUGUGAAAUUGAGGAUUUCUGCAAGUAUACCAAGCAGCAUAACACAUGAAGACUUAAGUUUGGGCACUGUCCAGAAGCAAGGACAGCUAGAUAGUUGACAGAAAUGUUUCUCCUUGUUACAAAAGUAAAACGUUCUUGCCACCUGAUUGACAGUAAAGAUAGUCCUAGCUUGCCGUGCACAAUAAUAAAUACCUAACAAUACACCACACAUUUUAGGGUGGGCAUACUUUAGGCUGAUGGGGGUCUAUUUCGUUUUUUCAUUCCAGAGCCCCAGAUCCACUAGCUGGAGUUGCUCAAAAACAGCAUCUUAAACAUAAGGGUUAGCUGCGGCAAUUCAUAAAAUAGCAGGUCAGAUUUUAGCUGAAUGCAGUAGGCCUUAUAGUCCUUGGUGGGCCAAAGAUUGUACCUGGAAUAUUCAACAGCGUACGCUGCAUGUUUACCCAGAAGUAGCCCUGUCAAGUUUCUAGACUUGAUUCAUUGUGUAAGUGCUUAGCCUUUUAAAGCCUUAUAUAAAUUGGGACCCAGGUACUAAAGUAUUGCCUUCAGCGAAUGAAUUGGUCCAUAUGCUAAGUAGACCUUUGGAGAACCUUUUCUCUUUAUCUCUGCUUUUUUUGGUGUUGGCUUCCUGCCUCUGGAAUGUCUUCCUUAGGGAAGCUUCUGGCAAAGGCUCUUACACAUUAGUGUUGUUAUGCAAAUGCCUGCUUAUUUCCCCAGACCACCUUGGCUGAAUUUUGUUUUAUUAUGCUGUUGCAAUUUUAUGCUUUUGCUAUUUUAUUGCCCUUUGAUUUUAUUGUUUCUAACGGUUUUAUUUAUUUAUUUAAUUUCUAUACUGCCCUAUACCUGAAGGUCUCAGGGCAGUUCACAUAAAACAUCAAAUACAUAAAAUCAAAACAAAAAUAACAACCCAAUAACUCCCCCCCCCAAAAAAAAAGAGCCAGCAUUUUAAAAAGGGUAUAGGAUGUUAAGACAGGGAGCCACUGCAGAGAAGGCCCAUUCUCAUGUUGCCACCCUCCUGACCUCUCAAGAAGAAGGGCCUCAGAAGAUGAUCUCAGGGUCCGGGUAGGUUAACAUGGGAAGAGACGGUCCUUGAGGUAUUUAGGUUAGCCAUCCUGGCAGCAACAAUGUCACUUCAGCAAUACUGAGGGAGGGGGUAAAAAUAUUCCUAAAUAAAUAAGCACCACUUAUUCUGCUGGGCACCAACACAAUGUAAAUUCUGGAUCUGAGAGAGGGGGGAAGUACCAGUGCAUGCUACUAAUUCAACUACUAUGAGAGAGAGAGAGCAUACUUUCAAUGAGUACUUACAUAAUAAUAUGAGAUCACUGAGCAGAGAAAACGGAGUCGAGAAUAGGGCUGUGUAAUUCUAACCUUGCUGGCUUAACCAAACAUUGCAGUUGCUAGCCCUCUCCCCACCAGUUAUAACCCCUUCUCUGAUCCAGAAAGAAGAGAGGAUCAUGCGCUGUUGGGCAGUAUUUCCUGAAGGCACACAGUGGGCUUUAGGCCCUGGUAUCAAACAUUUUGCCUGCAUGCCUCUUUCGCCUGAGGACCACAUUGUCUUCUGGGCAACUUUCCAGGGACCUCAUGUAAAUUGUGGCCAGGGCUAGAGACCAGGGUGGGAAACGUAAUAAAUGUAAUCUUGUGAGUUUAUACAGUAGGCUACCUUCUACCCACCCAUCCACACCAUUCCCUCUUCCAUCCAGGCAGGCUAGGGCUGCCAUAUUUCAAAAGGUGAAAAUCCGGACAAAAUCCGCCCCCCCCCCCCGAAGUUGUUGAGCUAUUUUUAAGGGAAAUCGGCAAAAACAACACUGCUGACAUGGAUUGCCAUACGUCCAGAUUUUCCUGGACAUUUCAGCGAUUUCUGCCCAGACUGCUGAAUCCUGGCUAUGUCCAGGAAAUUCUGGGUGUAUGGCAACCCUAAGGUAAGCAAGAGUUAUUGUUAGAGUGGAGGAACACAAGGUCAUUGAGGGAUGUGGCCUGGGGAGAGUUCCAAGAGCUAGUCAGAGAUCUUGAGGGCCACAUUUGACCCUCAGGCCUUUGGUUCUCCCAUCCACAAUAUGUAGCCUUUCUCCAAACCUUGGAACUGGAGAGGGGGGGGGUCACCAUACAGUUGUUUGGAGAUCUCCCAUGUACCUCAGCACCUUCAGAGCUUGGAGGAUAGCUGGCAAUUUGUCAUACUAGAGAGUAGCAGCAUGCCUGCCUUGAUGAAUGUGCCCUGAGCAAAAACUUGAAGGCACUUCAGCUGAGACUGAUACAUGCUACUUGUUCUUAGCCAUUGCUCAACCAGCCAUUAUCACACUUAUGACACUAUAGCUGCUGGUCCAAGGCUGCUGGCAAAGCAACCCUUCCGUUCCAAGCACUACUACUGGAGUGUCUUUCAGGAAUGCAGACUACUCUGCAUUCUGCUACCACUUGACCAGAAAAGGAGUGAAGCAGCUGACUGAAUUACCCUCCAAACACUGGCUCCCUCGGCCAGUAAAGCGAGAUGAGCGCCACAACCCCAGAGUCGUUCGCGACUCGACUUAAUGGUCAGGGGUCCCUUUACCUUUAUCAUUUCAAAUUGUACAUGUGCCCACAAGCAAUUUUCCAUGCUUUCUCCCCACCUUCCCUGUAUGUACCCAUGAUGUCUGCUGUUAUAGAAGAAGGGCUAGCACAAUCUGAGCAUCACAUUUAAAAAGGGAGCACAAGUGACAGUUUCUGCCAUGACCAAGACAGUAGUCAACAUGUCUCCACCUCAGAGCUCUUGACCUAUUUACAAUGGCUUUACCUCCAGAAGUCAAAUACAGUGGUAACUCGGGUUAAGUACUUAAUUCGUUCCGGAGGUCCGUCCUUAACCUGAAACUGUUCUUAACCUGAAGCACCACUUUAGCUAAUGGGGCCUCCCGCUGCUGCCUCUGUGCCAUUUCUGUUCUCACCCUGAAGCAAAGUUCUUAACCCGAGGUACUAUUUCUGGGUUAGCGGAAUCUGUAACCUGAAGCGUCUGUAACCUGAAGUGUCUGUAACCUGAGGUACCGCUGUAUUUUUUGUCCCUGAGUUUGUUUUUAAAUAGAAAGAGUUUGGGUAGUAUUCAACUAAAUUUUACUUUGAGUAGAGCCAUUGAAAUGAAUGAACAUUACUGUUAGAUGCAUUGAUUUCACUGGGUCUACUCUGAGUAAAACCUAGUUGAAAGCACUCUUAAACUCUAGUAAAAAGUGUUGGAUGGAAUUUAAUGGGUUCAGUUCAAAUAGAUUUUGUGUUUAGACCUUUAGUAAUGCAGUCACAUAAUUUCAAACCAUGAUAUUUUAAAAUGAAAUGUGUUGUUUUAUGUUUAUAUUCUUUAAAGAAUAUGAUUUAAAUAAAAGCUUUUGCUCCCAUGUAGCAAGUGUGUAAUGAUUGCAGUCCUAAUAUUUUCAUCUUAGCUCUGAAAUGUGGUUACUUUCAGAUAAGAAAAACUUAACAUACUGGCUCUUUACACAUUUGUAGAAUCAUAGCUACUAAAUUAUCCUCAAGAGUUUUGUCAUGUGCAUCUUUAACCAGUGACUCAUCUGACACCUCACAGUAAGCCAAGGGUUGCUAGUGUGGCACCCAUGGGCAAACAUGUGCUAACAGAGGCUUUCCCCACUUUACCUGGAGUUUCCUUUUUGGAUGUCAAGUGGAGAGACAGCUGAGGGUGGGAAUAAGAGGACAGGAGGAGGACAAAGUGUGUUAAAACAAGCCGUAGUUCCUUUGGUCACCUGAAGGCCAUUGAAUCUGGCCAUUGUGCACAGUGGACAGAAAAACAUGGAUAGUAAACAAAUGCUAACCUUGUAGAGCAGGGGUAGGCGAUGCGGCCCAAUCGCCUUCUCAAUCCGGCCCAUGGACGGUCUGGGAAUCAGUGUGUUUUUACAUGAGUAGAAUGUGUCCUUUUAUUUAAAAUGCAUCUCUGGGGUAUUUGUGGGGCAUAGGAAUUUGUACUUCUUCUUUUUUUCCCCAAAAUAUAGUCCCCAAAAUAUAGUCCGGCCCACCACAUGGUCUGAGGGACGGUGGACCGGCCCACGGCUGAAAAAGGUUGCUGACCCCUAUUGUAGAGUAACAACUUUCACUCUGGAAAUUAGUGCUAGCAUUGGUGGCAACAGCUAGAUAAGUCACACAUCUUUAGAACAUUUAGAUGCAGCACAGAAGAUGAAUAAUGAAAUGUUGCAUUACUGUAUAUUCAGCUAAGAAAAAAUAGAGCAGAAACCCCUUGAGAGGCAAUUGGUAUUUAAUCAAAUAGAAGUCCUAACCAGGAUAUUUUUUUUUAAGCAGAGGGAAACUUGAUGAAAUAAUUUCAUCAUCAGUAGCUUAGUAUAGAGCCUAAUUAGACAUGAGUAGAAUGAAUAGAAUGUUAUGGGAUGCAGGUGGCCCUGUGGGUUAAACCACAGAGCCUAGGGCUUGCCAAUCAGAAGGUCGGCAGUUCAAAUCCCCAUGAUGGGGUGAGCUCCCGUUGCUCGGUCCCUGCUCCUGCCAACCUCGCAGUUCGAAAGCAUGUCAAAGUGCAAGUAGAUAAAUAGGUACCGCUCCUGCGGGAAGAUAAAUGGUGUUUCCGUGCAGCUUAGUCAUGCUGGCCACAUGACCUGGAAGCUGUACGCUGGCUCCCUGGCCAAUAAAGCGAGAUGAGCGCCACAGCCCCAGAGUCGUCCCCGACUGGACCUAAUGGUCAGGGGUCCCUUUACCUUUACCUUUAGAAUGUUACUUGGCAUGGUGAAAUAUUUCUGAGGUCUAAACUUACUCAUGGAAAACAUCAAGGCUUCAUUUCAGGCCCCUGCAGUAUAAUGUGGGUGAUCCACUAGCAGAAUGCAGCACCUCUUCAACAGUUGUUGUAUAAACUGGGACUAAGCUCACCUGCAUUGUCCAUGAUCCCAUUCCAGGAGUGCUGAGCAAUAACUGCUAUUUCUUUCCAUUUUUUGUUGGCCAUCUAUGGAAGGGGAGGACGUAAGCCAAGUAGCCCAGUUCAGAAAUCAUAAGAGUACAUGUUAUAGAGCAGGGGUGUCCAAUAGGUCGAUUGCGAUCUACCUGUCGAUCACGGAUGUACCUGGUCGAUCCUGGUCAGUCAAGGGACACUGAUGCCCCCCCCCCAAACAAACAAACAAACGCAACAACUUUAGCUGAUCCUCCUCCCCCCCCAAAAAAGCUCAACAACUCCAGUCAAUCCAAUGGGUAGAUUACUGCCAGUUUGUUUAUAGUGGGAGUAGAUCACAAUCUCUUGGAAGUUGGACACCCCCAGUAUAGAAAUAUGAACGGAGGACAAGCAUGAGGGCUCCUGGCUAGUCUUUUUCUUUUUCUUUUCGUUUCAUAGUUGAAGAGUUUGGGUUCGUCACUGUGGAAAGCUUGUAAUCUUAGUCACCGUGGCACUUGGAAAGUGUUGCAUGAUUCAUUACUCAAUCCUUUCUUUUUGACACAUCAUUGACUAUUCAGAUGUUACUAAGAAUCUGAACACAUGAUGGAUGCAUAACAUAGUGCAACACAGGGUUGGCCCUUCUGAGCUGCCCUCUCAUUGAAUUGCUGAUAUUCUUCCACAAACAUAGUCAAAGCAAUUGUAACUGGCUCAUGGUGUUUACCUAUUCACAACAUCACUGCUUAUCUGGUUAGAUGGUGAUGCAUUGCAAACAGUAAUAUUUGGGUUAAAGGUCUGUUCUUUGCUGGUGGAAAAAAACGAAAAGUUUCAGAAGAGGCAGCCAAGCAACUAGUGAUCCAUUUAACCCCUCUUGUCUUUUCUUCCAGCUUCUGUUAAUUAGUAGCUGAACUCCAGCUUUUUAUCAUUCUUUUUCAUAGGAGUUUAGCUGCUAGGAGCUCUGCAAGCUGUUGAAAAGCAGUCGGAGAUUAAUUCAAAUUCUGCUCUCUUUAAUUUUGACUGUUGUUACUGAAAUAAAAGUUCUCUUUUUACCAUAUAGUUCAUUAUCUCAACUAUCAAAAGCUAGUUGUAAAUUCUGUCAUAUCAUCCUUGUUAUUUCUUUUAAAACAAUAUUUCUGAGUUCUAUUUCAGUCCCUUGAUUCCCAUUACAUGAAUUUUGUGGUGCUACUUACAGCAUAUCAGGAGUUCAUAGUUCAAAGUACCGUAUAUAGAACCCAUUUCAAGGAACUGUAAUGCAGGUUUACCACAAUCCCUGUUGGAAAAGAAAUUGACUAAGAACUUGACCCAGGCAUGGGCUUAUGAGAACUAAAUUAACCAGAAGCUGAAAUGCUUUACCGUUUCUACCUUUACUGACUACAAUCUUAAAUAUUAUCAAAAAGUACCUCGUGGGAUCCAGAUCCUAAGUAAACCUGUUCAAAAUCAAGGUGAAUGACAGGCAGAGCAAUCCUAAGAAUUCUUUCUCAGAAAUAAGUCUUUUUGUGUAAAUAGGACUUACUCCUUAGAAAGUAUGCAUAGGCUUGUAGAAUUGGAUACUUGAAAACUAGACAUUAACGUACAUAAGUGCAAACUGAAUUUUGUGCCUUGUGAGCAGAACCUGUGUUCCUGGAAGGGAGAAAAUGUGAUUAAGUAAUCAGAGUUUCUAUAGUCGUAUCACAGGAACAAAAUUAACCUACUUGGGCAUCUGGAAAUUCCCAUGCUCUAACCAGUUUGAUCUAGCUAUUCAAAUACCAUUGCUUCAACAGCUUUUUUCAUCAGCAUUACAGAACAAGCAUUUAAUAUUAUCCCUUAGACAUUGUGGCUGGGGUGGGAAGGAUUCCGGCUGAAAAAAUUAAUACUUGCAUGAUUGACUUUUUGUAGUUUAACCCUGUUUCUUCUUUUCAUGUGGAGGGGCUAAGGCAAUGAUCUGAGUUUACACAACAAAGCCAUUUAUUGCAGUCUGCACAAUGUAACAUAGUCGACACUAGAAAGAUCUUUUUGGUGUAACAGUAGAUAACCGAUAUAAGACAGUCUAGAAGGUAGCGCUUCUUGAGAGACUAACAAAUAUGCUGUGGUUGACAUGUGGACAGAUCAAGAAGGGUGGCUUCACGCCAGUGGUUUGAUUUUAUUACAUAUGCUAUGUUGUAAAGAAAAUCUUCCCCUUAUGGGGUAUCCAAGAGCCCGUAUAGAGUCCUUACGUGGGUUCCCUCUUGGUAGGAGAAAAUAACAGAAAACAGACAUUUUUAAUUCCCUGCCCUGGAGCUCAAGACCACCCCUCCAUACAUCAUACAUACAUCACAGAAGGUGUAACCCAAGACCCCCCCCCCAAACAUCAUACCUACAUCACAGAAAAGGUGGUCUACAACAGACAUUUGAAUGUUGUUGCUUUUCCUGUCAGUCAGGUUAUCUGAUAAUGCCUUAUCUGAUUGCCUUUCCUGGUAGUCUGCCCAUUCCUUUGAAAUGGUGAUUACCCAAUUUCUGUAACAAGGAAGGUUUUUCACUUCCUUCCUCCUUGCAGAGAAACAUUUGGUCAGCUUGGGAGUCAAAAUGGUUUCAGGUCGGUCUUCCUGUGCUGAUCUGUGCUUGGUUGGUACAUUUAUGAACAUAUAUAUUAUAUAAGACCUGAAAUUUUAUUAUUACAGCUAGUAUGUAUGAACAAUCCCGCCCCCAGCCUUUGGCUCAAUUUGGUUUAUUUAAACAAUAUUUUCACUUCCAUUCUCACGUUCAGUUAUAUAUCAGUACCCAAUUUUGCCUUAUUUGUAACCUAAAAAGAAAAUGAUUAUUAUCCUUAUUCAGUUUUAACACAACACAAGGAUAUUUGACUGGACAGUUGGCUACGUGAUAUUGAAUGUUAACUGUUACUUUUAUCUUGUUUAAAUUAGUUUAUAAACCAGGAACCUAUAUAUUGGCCACUAACCACAAACCAAAUAUCUGAGAUAUGCUAUUUUUGUUAUCCAUAAAUGAUGAUACAAGAUGGUUUUGGUCUGUUUAUUUGGUUUAUUUAUUUAUAAUUGUGGUCCUUUAUAUAAAACCCAAUAAAGAGUUAUUUAUAAAAAAAAAACAAAAACAAAAAACAAUACAGCCGGUGGCCAGUGAAAUAAGAAAAGUUAGAAGUACUGUAUCUCUUUCUUACACCGUAAUCCUUCCCAGGAUUAAAACUGCAUAAAACAAGUGAAGCAGUUUCAGGAUUGAGCUGCUAACUUGAAUUUAUUGUUGUCUGACACAGCAAUAAUAAUACUGAAGCAUUAAGUUGGCCUUCCCCAAUUUGUGGCCUUUCAAAUGAGACACAGCUCUCAUCAGCCCUGGUCCUCAUUACCAAUGGUCAGAGAUUAUGGAAGUUGCUGAAGAAGGCUGCCAACCUCUUGACUUUAUAAAGUGUACAUUAAUCUAAAAUAUGCUAUCUGUGAUUUGAAGCUAAUUGUUUAAAAUUCACGAACAUCAACCCCAAAUCUUUAUUUGCUUGUCGCCCCCCUCCCCCAUCCUUUUACUUAUACAGAACUUUGCAUAUAAUUAAAUUGAUGAUAACUUUACUGUUCAAGUGCCAGGUUAACAGAGGCUAGCCAUAAGUCCCCUUUUAUAAUAGAAGCAAAACUUUUCUUCAGUAAUAUGAAAGCUGCUGUAUUUACUUAUUUAUUUUUCAGAUUCCUUGCCCUUUGCCAUGAAGUCCCAGGACAGGUUGCAACAAUAUACAAUUACAAAAACAAGUAAAGCAAUUAUAAUUUCAGAAUAAGUAAAACACAUAAUAUAGGUAGCAACGGGGGUUCCAUUCCUGCCCCCCCCACAUUAGUGGAGCAUGCAUAAGCGUGCACUGUUCCAUCCCUUGUUCUGCCCUCUUCUGGGUCUAAAAGGACCCAAGUGUUGGUGGUUGUGUGUCAAUCAGACGUGCGCAAAAUGGUCGCUGCCUGUACAGUUAUAAUAACCUGAACGGUACAUAUUCAACAAAAGGCAUCCACACACUGAACACCUUUUCUGCAGUGGCUCCCUGCUUGUGGAAUGCACUCCCCAAGCACCUUCAUUACAUAUCUUACAUAUCUUUAGGUGCCAGGCAAAAACAUACUACUUCUUUCAGGCCUUUGGCUAAUUAGCCAAUCUAUGGUCUUUUAAACUGUUAGAGGGGGUAUUGUUUUUGUUUGUUGCUAUGUUAUGUAUUUUUGCCUUUUUUAGAUUGUAAACCUCUCUAUGAUCCUUGGAUGAAGGGCAAAAUAGAAAUUUAAUAAUUCAUUAUUAUUAUCAUCAUCAUCAUCUUACCUAGUUUCUCCUUCCCACCUAGACUGUCUUAGGAAGUGGAGGCAGCUGAAAGUUAGGUGGAGAAAGCAGACCAUGUGUUGAAAGUUGAGGAUCUGAAGGUGAAUAUCUAGAAGCCUUGAAAGCAAGUGACGCCUUAGGAAUCACAUACAUUUUUGUGCUUGAAUCCCAGAAACAAUGCACUGUGCAUUGUAAUUAAAAACGAUUUCGUAGAUUAACUAAGACUGCAACCCCAACCCCAUUUACCUGCCCUAUCGAGUUCAAUACGAUGUAUUUUUUAGUAGUCAUGUUUAGGAUUGUACUGUUUAGUUUCUAGAGAUGGGCAGCCUGAUCGGAUGCAUGUUUACUCAAGAUGUAAGCUCCACCAAGUUCAGUAUGACUUGCUUCCACAUAAGUGCACAGUCUCACAUCAUUAUGCAGAAGUUCCAUUUAAUGCUGUGGGCUUCAUGACACACUUUGUAUUUACAAAAUUUAGCUCAAAAAACAAAAUAAACUACACAUAUGUAAAUUAAUGUGUAAAAUUGUUUAGAUUUGUUCUUUUUCAUGGCGGUUUAUCAGAUGACAUUUGCAAAAGCCUCUGAAUUACACAAUCUCUGUAGCUCCAAAUAUGGGCAGCAGCUACUAAUAUUGACCUACCUGAAUACAUAAUAUUGGCCUACCUAUAUAGCUUGCUGUUACUUGAAAACAGUUUUCACGAGUGUGUUGGAUAUCUAAAAUCUUACACUUCCUACCCAAUUGUGUUGGUGCUGGUACAUGAAACUCAUGCUGUGUUGCAGACGGUGUCCCUUCUUUCUGAAGUCUGGAGAGGACUUUUAAAUAUCACUUCAGUGUAUCCAGCUCCUAAUAUGUGCUAACAAUGGACUCUGAUGUCAUGGCAUACAGGAGAAAGUGCCAGUGCAGUUUUAUGUAGCAGCUUCUCCCCUGUAUGCCUUACAGUUUUUCUGUUAGGAAGAGUCAAUACCAAAUCCUCUCCUUUCCAUCUGAAAUUGUAAUAAAUUCAGGUUUGCUAGCCUGAUAUCAUAGCUCAUUAAUGCCAUCCUGUCUGUAUUUUAUAUAGUAGUUUGAUAGUCAUUGAGCUAGAAUGAAGUUUUUUAUUUGCUUAAUUUGAGUAUCUUCCAUAUUGCCUUCAACCAUCUGGAAGUACUUGGUAAGUUUCCUUUUGCUAUAUACAAUAUUAUUAACUGCUUAUCUGAUUGGCUGUUGAUUCAUAGUCAAAAGGCCAACUGUGUGCCAUCUGAAGUAGUGAGGUUGUGUUCGCACGUAAUACUUAAGCCAUGGAUUAAAAUGCAGCACAUAAAAAAACUAAUUCAAUCAGUAAUAAUGCUGUGAGAAAAUUUCUUCCAAUGAAGUGGAUGGGGAAGACUAACAGAUCAUAUGACCCACCAUCUUCUAGCUACAGGGCCAGCCAACCACCACCAUUGCUAUUAACAAACCAGCUGGCUGUCCGCUAACAUAAUCACCAUAUUUUUCGCUCUAUAAGAAGCACUUUUCCCCUCCUAAAAAGUAAGGGGAAAUGUGUGUUCAUCUUAUGGAGCGAAUGCAAGCUGCGCAGCUUUUGCUGAAGCCAGGAGAGCAAGAGGGAUUGGUCCCUCUUGCUCUCUUGGCUUCAGGGAUAGCCGCCCAAAGCCUCCUGAGCGCAGCGGGAGCCUCCCACUGUGCUCAGGAGGCUUCACAUUGCUUUCACUCCCACUGCGCUCAGGCCCCUUCAGCAAAGUGGGAGGAGAAACGGAGCCCCUUCCUUUUCUCCUCCCGCUUUGCUGGAGAGGCGCUGAGCAGAGAGGGAGAGAAUAUUUUUUUCCCUUGUUCUCCUCCUCUAAAACUAGGUGCAUCUUAUGGUCGGGCGCAUCUUAUAGAGCGAAAAAUAUGGUGGCUGGUCUGCCCAUCUGCUGCUGCCACUUCCCCCUACUCACUCACCUGCUCCCACCAGCUGCAGUGGCAUUAGAAGGCCUGGCUUCACUUUGACAAAGAGUUCCCUAGAGUGAGGCCUUGUGGAAGCAGUCACCCAGAGAGUGCUUGCACAGUUUUUGCUUCAGAAUACACGUCAACAUUUUCUUAAAACUUUAGUGUUUUGAAGACGUUUAUAAUUGUAUAGUUAAGCUGUGAUUGAAGUGCUGCAAAGUGAGGGCCACACUGGCACUCUCUGGACGCCCUCUUCCGCAAUGCCUUGCUCUCCCUUUCCUCAGAGAAGCCAGGAGCAUUCUCGGGUUUGGUGAGCAAAGAAAGGAAUAUGCAAGGCAGCACAGCAAUAUUAGGAGGCUGGGCCCAGUCUUAGGUGUGCAAUGUCUCGCCCCCACUCUGGUUUCUGCUAAUGUUAGCAGAAAUCUGCUUCUCUGCAUUUUCUACCCAUCUGUUCUAAUCCCACCCUCUGGAGCAACAGGGAAUACUCAUACAUGAGAACCCUUCAGAUAUUUGAAGACCACAGUCAUGUACUCCAUUAAUCUUUUUGAGACUAAACGUACAUAACUCAUAUCACUUAGUUACCAGACCCCUCACCAUGCUGAUCUUCCUUCUUUGGAAGCACUGUAGUUAGUAAGUGUCAUUCUUUUAAUGUGGUGCCCCCGACUGGGCACAAUACUCCAGAUGCAACUAAGUCACAUAGGACAGGAUUCAGCUAACGAGUCCUGUCAAUGGAAGCCCUGCGCAAGGGCUUCCAGUUGUUCAACGGGGCUUCUCCUCUCCUCCCCAGCACCCCCAGAAUUGGCUUGGGGGGAUCAGGAGAACCACAUUGGGCUAAAAUCAUGGUUUAACUUUGCAUGAAAACACAACCCUUAAGUGUAGCCAAAGCCUGCAAUCUGCUUUAUCUCAACAAGUGAGUAAAAUUCGCUUAGAUAGCCAAGAUUCCUUCUCCUUAGUGUACAACAAAAGCAGCCAUAAGAUUGAUGCCUACCUUAUUUUUUUUGCACAUGUCUCCUAUGAAGAUGUAAAUGGAUUAAUUUACAUUUAAAUAGCUCAGUCCUGGCAAUUACUUUGAUCAUAAUUAUUUUGUUUUUAGAAGUGGUUUGUCCUGGAGUUCAGUUAUUUAUUUUUACUAUUUAUUACAGCAUUUUUAUACUAUCAACAAUAAUUACUCUUUUUCACACUAUGUACCCCCCCAAUAUAAAAUAUAAAAAUACAAUGUGAACAUAAAAUGAAAAUUUAAGAUUACGCCUUUAUGGGAAAAUUCAAAUGGAUAUUUUAACGCUGGGCUUGCAAACAGCCACUUGCCUGAUAAUCUGUGGUGAAUAAGAAUUGCCACCAGAAUUGCUCCAUUAAGACUCUAGGUUGCUUACAGUGCAGCAUGACUUUCCCACUCCCUAUACAACCCCCAAAGCUUAUCCCAGGUGUUGAGGAAUCCCCAGGAAAUGGUUGGAGGAAAAAAUUGGUAUGAAGGCAUUUUGCACAAGAAGCAUUUAUAAUUUCCUAUCUAACUGCUCUUGAUUGAUCUUGUCUGGCUUCUUAAAUUUCUCCCAUGGUUAGCAGUAGUGAGAACUUAAAUGGUGGGGACCCUAACUCUUUUACUUGCCUGCUCCUUCUCUGAUUUUUUGUGUGUAUAGGAAGCAUGCAGGAGAAGGAAUGAGAGCAAUAUAGAUCACCGUCUGCCUGUCAAGACACCUCUAGGCAUACCAGAUGAAGGUGGCUACAGAACAACACACACAGUACAGUUGUGUACCAGGGGGCAGGUUGGAUCCAGACAGCUGCUGGCAGGGGGCGGGUUUCUCAGCUUUUGGCAACUCCUUCCAGUAGUAGCUCCCCAUGCUGUUCCUUAGGGUUUACAAGCCCUCUAGAUUGGCUUUUCAAGGGGGAGCAGGGAACUUCAGUGGAAAGGAGGAGGUGGGAAAGCCUCUAGUUUCUUAGGAUCCAUCUUGAUAUCAAGCUACGUUUAAGGUAAGCUUACGUUCCUGCUACUGUUCCUCAUUCACAGUUUAGUAUUAAAUACUGGGCAAAGUUAUUGCCCCAAGAUAAAAGCGUAGUUGCUUUUUAUCAUCCUAAAAAUAAUUUUGCUCUCUUUCAAAUAACUAAGGAGCUUGCCUUUAUCUUCGGAAUGCUUUAAUUAAAAAUCAGGCAUAAAAUAAUUAGCUGGUAGUUAAUUCCACAGACUGUUUUGACUCUUUAAUUAUGAGGAAAGGCUGUGUUCUCCUGCAUUUUGGUGGAUGUGUGGGUGUUUUACUAGGGCAGGGCCUUAUCAGCCAUUGCAUACAGGCUCUGGAUCUCCCUCACCUCAGUGAGACAUCUGGCCUCUUCACUCCUGGCUUCUGUCUCCACACUAAUAGCGCAGUCCUAUACAUUUCUACUCAGAAGUAAGCUCCACUGAGUUCAAUGGAACUUAGUCCCAGAUAAGUGAGUAUAAUAUUGCAGCCAAAGACUGUUUUGAGGGCUUUGGGAAUAGUUUACUUUCUGUUUGCUGCAUUUGUUUCUGUGCUUGUUUUGCUCUCAGCUAUUUGGGUUUAUCUAUCCUACCUACAUGAGCUUUAUAUAUAUAUAUCAUUGAGAUUGUGGCCACUUCUUUAAAUGUUCUGUUUAGCAGAAAAGCAUGUUGUAAAUAUUUUUAAAUGAAAGUAAUGCAAGUGACAUAAUUCCAAGGGGCAUUCAGGAAUUAUUUGUGAGAUAUCCAACUGAGUAAUGCCCUGACUGCCAUUGAAUAUCACCCUUUGCCAUGAGUAUUUUUUGAAAAGAAAUUCUAAUUGCUACUCUUGCACAUUCCCUUAGGCCUGUAGGGUAAAGAUUGCUGCUUAACCAGUACUGUACGGUGGAACUGGUAUUACAACUUCCAAACAAGUAACUUUGCUGCUGUUAUUUAUGUGUUCUACGCUGUAAAGUGCCACAGAUGUCUAAAGGCACCCCUUGUUUUCAGUCUGACCUGCUACACGCAUGUGGGAAGGGUUUGGUUAUUAUUUAGCAAACAGCAAACCUUCCUCCGCUGAGGUAGUCUGGUACAGAUGGAUGUGUCCCGUCCUGUCUCCCCCACCCCCAGCACUCAUUUGUAUCCUUGCACCAGCCUUGAUAAUUGGUUAUGCUGAGAAUGAGUGGCGGGCCAAGGUGAGCUUCAUGACUGAGGGGGGAUCUGAAGCCGAGUCUUUCGGGUUCAAGCCUGGCACUGCCCAUAAUGCGACACUGGCUCUAGUUGUAGAAUCGUAUAAGGGCACUGCUGCAGCUACAGAAGACGACCAACCCUUGGGUCUCUGCGGUUGAAUGAUAAAAUUUAGGAGCAAAUUGAAAAGCAUUAAUUCCCAGUCUGCUGCAUUAGAAUUUAAUGCAAGCUUUUAUAUGAAAGGGAAUUUUGAAAUAUUUUUCAGGGCUGGGAGGGGGAGGGGAAUGUUAAGCACACAAUCUUUCAUAUAAAUUUUAAGGUGCCAAUAUAUGAAAGGUCUCUGUCACAUAAUUCACUUGCUUAAAUCAACUGUAUACAUCAAGUUUUACUUUACAGACUUCUUCAGCCUUUCCUGACCCAUAACUUCCAGUUAGCGCAAUAUGUUUGUUGGUGCUGAUGGGAGUUGUAGCUCAAAACAUCUGAGGGGGCAAUAGGUUGGGGAAAUUGUGCUACUUUUUUCCCUAGGAGGAUCAAAAGCAAUAUUUUUGGAUCCUCCAAACGUGAAAAUGAGAGUUGACAAAAGCCUCUCCUUGUUCAAACACUCCAUUUGGAAAUGGGAGGAAAAAACAACCAAUGAGCUAGAGCUAUAUGAAGGUAAACUCAGGCUAGUUUUCUAACCACUUACACUCUUGUUUUCACAAAACAAGCUGUUUUCACAAUUGCCUCCUUUAGAGUAAGAUCAAACAUUGGUAAGAUGGGGUUCAGGGGACCUUCAUUAACAUCCUAGUUAUUAAGCAACAUUUUACUUAAUUUGUUCUUAAAUUACAUGUUCAUGUUGCAACAGUGACUUAGAAUUAGAAUGGUCAUAGCAAGAUCUUUUAUCUGAUCAUAUUGACGAACGUCAAAAGAAGCGUUGUAUCAUCCUCAGAGAUCUGCUGAGUGCUCUUCUGUUGAGAUUUGGACAGGGUCAAUGAAUGACGGCCUUUUCGGCCAUGCCCAUUCACUGCCUGUGGAUCAUUCUCCCCAAGGGAGCUUCUUCUCCUGCCCCACCCCUUCAAGUCUCCUUGGUGCCAGACAGAAACCUUUCUUUUCUCAGAAGUCUUUUAAUUGUUUUCAACAUUAAAAAAAUCUUAGCAUCUUUUUCAGCCAGUGUUUUACUAUUGCUUAUUGGAAUUAUAUAACCUAAGAGCGAUUUGUGUGUGUGUGUGUGUGUGUGAGAGAGAGAGAGAGAGAGAGAGCGCGCGCGCGCUUGUGGUGGGAUUGAGUUGCUAGCUGUAGUUUGAUCAUGAUGUUCUAUACCGUUAAUCUGUUUUAAACUGUACAUUGCCUAGAGGCAUACAUAAUACUGUACUUGUAAUAAUAUAUUUAUUCCACACACUGCAAUGCAGCAUAUGGGCAGUGCUUUGUAAGUCAAAACUUAUAAUGAAAACUACAAGUAGUACUAUGAAAAUAACUUUCUCUAAGUUUAUUUUAUACUCCAUAUUCAGUUCCACUUUGGUGGAUAAUAUGGUAUGCCUUAUCAGUAAUACAAAUGACUAAUCCAGUACAUUAAGAACUAUUUUGUUAGGUAGCUUGUUCUCCUAGUUGGAUAUAAGAGCAUGUUUCCGAGAGAGAGAGGUACCCUUGAGGUUUAGCUGCCUUUGUCAGGGCCAAACCUUUAGUGUGUGUGCCCCCCUGCCCUGUGGAACUCCUAGCUUAUAUUUUAUUAUCUAUUUAUUAAAUUUCUAUACCACCAUACAUCCGUGAAUCACAGGGCAGUUUACAAUAGAAAAACACAAACAUACAUAACAUAAUGGCAAACAAAAACAAUUCCUACCCCAGUAUUUAUUUUAUUAUAGUAGUUUGGCAGGAGCAUUCCUUGCACAUUUUUAGACACCUUCUAAAAACUUUUAUUCAGACAGGCCUUUCAGAUCUGAGAUUCUUUGCCAAUCAAUUCUCAGUGAUACGUUUCACAUUUUUAUUUUAAUACUGUGUUUUUAGUCUGUAUAUUGCCCUGUGAUAUUUUAUAUGAAAAUGUGGUUUAUAACUAUUUCAAUAAACUGCAAGGGGUUGGACUAGAUGACCCUUGGGUCCCUUCCAACUCUAUAGUUCUAUGAAAUAAAAUCUUGCUGUUUGUUCAGUUUUAUACCUUUCAUUCAUACAGGUUGCUGUAAGCAGCUUGUGCAUUACUGUAUUCCCAGUUCAGGAUGAGAUUUUGAUUUACUGAGCUUCGCAUUCUUCCAAAUACCUAGUCACACAAUAAUUGCAUUCAUCUGGAACAAUAUCUUGCUAUAUAUACCAUUACAUGUUUUUCAGAUGUUAAUGGCUCUUUCUUUUUUCUAGAUAUGAGACAUGAGUGUUGGACGCAGAAGAUUAAAGUUGCUGGGAAUUCUAAUGAUGGUCAACUUCUUUAUAUAUGUGAUUGUGGAGGUGUCAAAGAGCAGUGGCCAAGCAAAGAAUUCAAAAAGGCACGUUAUAAUACCACAGGCCAAAUUCUGGAGAAAAUUUGUUCCUCACAAGGCAUAUUGGAAUAAACAGCAGCAGAAGCUGGAACGCUUAUCCAAUCCGAUUUUUGCAUUGCUUACAAAUAUGACAGUGGAAGAAAGCUUAUCUUCUAAUGGCAGCUUUUCAAAUGCGUGUGAUCCUGACCCAUUUGUAGCUCUACAAAUUAAUGGCUUUAAAGACUUGCCAGAUAGAUUUAAAGACUUCUUGCAUUACUUGAGAUGUAGAAACUAUUCAUUAUUAGUGGACCAACCACACAAGUGCAAACAUAAACCUUUUCUGCUUCUGGCUAUCAAAUCACUUAUUCCCCAUUUUGACAGAAGACAAGCAAUCCGACAGUCUUGGGGGAAAGAAAUUAAAUCGGGAGAUGCAACUGUUGUGAGGGUCUUCCUGUUAGGCCAGAACUCUCCGGAGGAUAACUUUCCUGAUCUCUCAGAUAUGUUGAAAUUUGAGAGUGAAACCCACCAAGAUAUUCUUUUAUGGGACUACAAAGAUACUUUCUUCAAUUUGACCCUGAAAGAGGUACUGUUUCUGAAAUGGGUGAGCAAUACCUGCCCAGAUGCCCAGUUUAUUUUUAAGGGAGAUGAUGAUGUUUUUGUGAACACGCAUCAGAUCCUGGAUUACUUGAAGAGUUUAACCAAGGAUAAAGCCAAAGACUUGUUCAUAGGUGAUGUGAUCAAAGAUGCUGGACCUCAUCGUGACAAGACACUGAAGUACUAUAUCCCAGAAAGUAUUUAUGAAGGCUCUUACCCUCCAUAUGCAGGAGGUGGUGGGUUUCUCUAUUCUGGUGAUCUUGCAUUAAGAUUAGCCAAUGCAUCUGACCAAGUCCUACUCUAUCCCAUUGAUGAUGUCUAUACUGGAAUGUGCCUUCAGAAACUUGGGCUUGCUCCCGAAAAACAUAAAGGCUUCAAAACUUUUGGCAUUGAAGAGAAACACAGGGAUAAUAUUUGUUCCUACACAAAUCUAAUGUUGGUCCACAGCAGGCAACCCCAAGAAAUUAUUAAGAUUUGGACGAACUUGCAAGAUCCAGAUUUAAGCUGUUGAGUACAUAUAUGUCCAAAAGUUCUCUCCAAAUUUGGGUUUAAUUUCUUGGCUAAAUGGUUAGUACUUUGAAUGGUUUGUUUUGCAAAGCAAAACUCGCUAUAAAUGGUUUGUCCAGAACGUCUGAAAGAACAAUUACAUCAGUAACAAUGCACAUCAUGAGGAUAUGGCAUGUAGAUGCAAUCCUUUAUCUUUCCACUGUCAUGUGUUCAAUACUUUCACCGAAUAAAAACCUGAAAAAGCAUACCCUUCAGAAGUUGUGAUUAAACUAUUAAUUUAAUGACCAUUUAGCUCAAAUAUUAGAAGACCUUUCCUGUUUUCUAAUUAUAAUAAUUAUUUAAUUGUGGUGAUAGAAGCUAUACACUGUUUUGUUUUCCUGAGAUAAGAUAUCUCGGAGACUGUUUUGGAACUCAAAUUCAAGAAAGUAACUUCAAAAUAAAUAAACUUGGGUGGAGUGUUCAGCUCUCAUACUCUAGUACUCCUAUUGGAAUUAAGUUACAAGUAAUUUAAGUUUAUGGAUUUAAAUGGACCUACUCAUGAGUAAAAUGCAACUCAUGUCACCAAACAGUUGGUUUUUAUGGCUUUCCUUUUCCACUGUCUCGUUAUAUCCUCCCACUGAACAGUAUUCAGUUAAAUGUGAUGGAGAUCUGUGUAAUCUGUAUGUAACUGUGUUUAAAAUAUCAGAUGAUACAUAUCUAUGGCUGAGAAGCUGUAUAGUUUAAAGUGUAUUUUGGGAGGUUAAGUGUUGCUUUGCAUCAGACUUAGCUAAUGGUCAAGCGUUUUACACUUUUUCUUAAACUGGUACCAGACCUACACAGUCUCUUUAUUUCCACAGUAGGCUUAACAUUUGCUCUGUUGUCUUUUAUGUUGUUAAAAAAAAUCAGGCAACUUCACUGAUAAAAUUAACUGAUAUGUGAAUUGUUAAUUGGCUUACAAAAACUGGGCCUUCCUUAUGGUCUAGGGUUAGAACCUUAUGAAAAUGUGCAAUUUCUGAGAUUGCAAAUCACUCAAAUGACCCCUAUAAUUAUUAAGGGUAUCUCAAAGGCACAGGUCCUAAAACACUCUAUCUGCCAUAUCUUCAUCUGUGUUAUAUCAGACAAUUAUUCAAAACAAUGACUGCUUUCUUUAUAUACGUAGAAGUGCCUGUAUUUAUUGUUCAGAUGGAAGACCAAAACAUUUUCUUAAAUAUAUUUAAGAAAUAUUUGUAUAGUGUUGUCAGUCAUAUUUAAAUAGAGUCAACUAUUUUAAAUGUGUUGAAAUAUAAAAAGUUAAAUAAAGUUAAUUGUUUUUGAAUUUCAAAAAGUAUAUGUGUGUACAUCCCAAUUUGUAUAGACAAGUCUAAAUAAUUCACACUAUAUAAUGAUCACCAUCAGUAUGUCAACUUUAAUUUACUUGAGAGCUCUUAUGGCCUGGGUCUGUGGUUUGUUGCCACUGGUGCAAUUUCUACCAUUGCACUGCUUGCUAGGAGCAAAUUAUAACCAGUCAACAAGGAGUGACAUUUUGCACUGGAAAAGCCCCUCUGUUUCUGUGGGUGCAGCAAAGUUGUCCAAGUUCAUUUCCAUUUCCAUGGUGUAGGGGAGGCUUAGUGGUAUUAUGAGGUAACAUUUCAGUGGCAGAGAGACUGAGAAAGAGAUCUACAGGCAGCAUGGUAGUAAAGGGGCUUACAGGGGCAUAUAUAAUGCUCGUCUUUACGAUAAUCCAAAACUUAGAGCAAUGGCAUUCUUGCACAUUGUUUUGAGAUAGGCUCCAGUCUCCUCAGAGGGGUUUCUAUCUUUUUGAUGUUUAGAUUUGAAGGGAAAUCUGUUCAUUCUUAAAAAUAUUCUAUCCUGAUAUAGUUGUAUGCUUACGUUAAGAAAGAAAAUUGCUGAGGGAGGAAUUCAUCAUGGCAGUCAUUAGCACAAGCAUCCAUUUCUGGAGGUUGUUCUUAUACCCCACAGCCAAUUUGGGGUGGGGGUGGAGGAGAGGAAGGGGGAAGCCCCAUUGCAGUAGCAGCACUCAUUAGUACAUUCCCCUACUCUAAGGCCACUGUUCUGUUCCCCCUUACACGGAACAAGCACCAUUGAACUCAAAAGGGGCUUAUUCCUGAGUAGACGUAGAGGACUGGACUUUAAGGCCCGUAUCCUGUGAACACUUGCCUAUGGAUAAGCCCCAAAGAAUACAUUGCAACACACUUCUGAGAAAACACACAGUAAGCUUGUUCAUCUUAGUCCUUGUCGCUCACCUCGUUUUUCCCCAUUUUUCUGUAUUCCAUUUUGUUGCUUUACUCCACACUUACUGCACCACCAAGUUCAUAUUGUCUGCAAUCUCUACGUUUUAUCAAGAGAUAAAAAUGAGUUUUUUUAAUUCUAUUUUUGUAAAUAAAAUAAAAUGUCUUUGAAUUUGAAAAGUGUGUUGCUGUAAGAUUUGAUUAGAAACUUGUUUGCGGUAUUUUAAUACUUUGACUUUACAGCAGAUUGGUUCUAUCUGGUACGUUCUGUGUAUGCAAAAGCAGGAACAUAUUCCACUUUAUGUUGGUAGCAGCACUUUGGCUCCACUGAAAUAGGUGAGUCAAGUUACUUUUGACUUCAGUCUCAUUGAUUUCAGUGCUGAAAUCACUAGACACUAUCC